GCCUCCGAAAAAGGCAGGUGGGGGUCCGUUGGAGACACUGGAGGUUUAGUCGGCCCGGGACUGGUUUUAGGCUCCCCCGUGGAUUUAGGUUGACAACUGAAGUCGCUGCUAAGGAAAUCUCAAGGGGUCAAUAUCCGCGGUGUCAUCAUGUGGGGCUUGAUCAAGCGAGGGAGUUACAACCAUGACUACCACCAUAAACAGAGCCAGUAUGUGCUUAAAGAAUACAGCAGCUCCGAGGAGACGUUGGACAGAUAUGAAUAUAAAACACGAGCCCACAUUCGGGAAGUGUUAAACAUGAGGAUGCCACGCAAGUACGUGCGAGAGGAACCGAUGAUCAGGGGGCCGUCCUUCCUGGUCAGACUCAGGUCGCACACCGUGUUUGAACACACUCCAAUCAAACUUUUUUGUACUGUGGAAGGCUAUCCUCUGCCUAUUGUGAAAUGGUAUAAAGAUGGUAUGAUCCUGGACAUGUCAUCUGGAAAGUAUCUCGUUGAAUCAAAAGGAGGAGUCCACUCUCUGGAGAUUCCAAGAUGUUCAACUGACGAUACAGCCCAGUACACAGUUGUGGCUGGUAACAUUCAUGGACAAGCCACAAGUCAGGCUUCCGCUAUUGUGAAGAGGUACAAGAAAGAAGAUUUUUGUCCAUAUGGAUGGAUUCCUUACAACGUUUCAAUGAUUCCACAAAUCCAUUUCACUAAAAUCCACAUUACCUUUACGGAAAAGUUCGGCCCAGUGUUUGCUUCUGAAGGAGAUUCGGCCACUCUGACCGCCGCCAUGAACCUUGAGCCCAACCUGGCCAACCUGCAACCUGAUGCACAGUGGUACAGAGAUGACACUCGUUUGUUUGAUUCGAAAUGGGUCAAAAUUGAAACGGGCAGAGGAGUCAGCACCUUGACUAUUCCUGACCUCUACAAAGAAGAUGAAGGCUUAUACACACUGCGCAUGGUUACAAAAGGAGGCAUUGCGCAACAUAGUGCAUUUGUCUCUGUUGCAGAUGGUCCUACCCCAGUCGCUGGUGCACCCGGUGCUCCAAUGGACAUCAAGAUCCACGAUGCCAACAGAGAUUAUGUCAUUGUGUCAUGGAUGCCUCCCAAUACGACGACAGAGGGUCCAAUUCUGGGAUACUUUGUUGACAAAAGCGAGGUUGGAACCGAAAACUGGACUCAAUGCAACGAUCAGCCCAUAAAGAUCUGUAAAUAUCCAGUGGCUGGCCUGUUUGAAGGACACUCGUACUGCUUCAGAGUCCGAACCGUCAACGCCAAAGGAGUCAGCAAACCUUCGCGCAUGUCUGCACCCAUCGCUGCGCUAGACCCGACUGAGUUUGGGAGGCUGCACACUAAAAAACUUGGAGGAAAUCUGGAUGUUGUUUCUUACCAUGAUGAAGUUGAAGCUGAAGGAGAACCUCCAGGUGCUCCAUCGGGUGUUCAUGCAUCGGAAACUGACAGGACUUACAUUGUUCUGAGCUGGAAAGCUCCGGCAAAAUCCAACAAGGCUCCCAUGUGGUACUACAUCGAAAAGACUUUGGCAGACAGUGAGGCGUGGCAACGUGUCAACACUCAGGUCCCAAUUCGCUCCCCUCGUUACGCUGUCUUUGACUUGUCAGAGGGUAAACAGUACAGAUUCAGAGUCGUUUCUGCAAACAUGUAUGGAUGCAGUGAGCCGUCAGAACCAAGUCGGCCUAUUGAAACCCAAGAGAUUAAAGGUGUCCCUUCAGCUCCGGGUCAGGUCAUCGCAACUCGGGAAACUGACACCUCUGUCCUCAUUCAGUGGGCUCCUCCAAAAGAACCCAAUAAUCUGAUUGGCUAUUACAUCGAUCAGUGUGUAAAGGGUUCCAAAGACUGGACCUCAGCCAACCACAAACCACACAAGAGCACGAAGUUUGUGGUUAGCGGUCUUACCACCGGAGAAACCUACGUGUUCCGUGUCCAGGCUAUCAAUGAGAUAGGCCUCAGUGAGGAGUCCCAGGAGUCUGCACCACUCACAGUCAAGGCUGCCCUCACCACACCUUCCGCUCCUUAUAAGAUUGCUUUGGUGAACUGCGAUGGACAUUCAAUGGUCCUGAGCUGGAAGAAGCCCCUUCACUCCGGUGGAGCAUCAAUUAAGGAAUAUUAUGUCGAUAAGAGACGUAGUGGAACAGAGUUCUGGAGGGAGAUCAAUAUUCCACCAAUUGCUGAAAGACUUUUCAAGGUGGAGGCAUUGACAGAAGGAGCGGUCUAUCAGUUCCAAGUGUACGCGGCCAAUCUGAUUGGCCUGAGCCCGCCAUCCAACCACUCAGCCGACUACAUUUGUGAGGCCUGGACAAUGCCUGAGCCAGGUCCUGCUUAUGAUCUGGAUUUCUGUGAGGUUAGAGAUGAUUCUAUGUUGCUCAAAUGGCAAAAGCCCGUCUACAUCGGCUCCGGACCUGUCACUGGUUAUUAUGUGGAGUAUGCUAAGAAGGGCACUGUUGAAUGGACUACAGCCAAUGAGACACCCGUCAAUCAAUGCUUCUAUAAGGUAACAGGUCUGGAAGAGGGCUGCACCUAUGACCUGAGGGUGCGCGCUGUCAAUGAUUCAGGUGUAGGAAUGGCCUCAAUGAAUUCUGACCCUGUCACUGCCAAGGCUGUGCCAGGCUCCCAGGAGGUGUCCUGCAGUGUUGAUAAGAAGACGGGCGACAUUGUUUUCACUUUUGAGUCGUGCCAAAUGAAUGCAGGCUCUCAGUUUGUCUGGAAGAAAGAUUAUGAAGAAAUCACAGAUUUCUCCAAAGGAAUUGAGAUUAAAACUGAAGGCAACAAAACCCAGCUGAUCUUUAAGAAUGCAGAUAAAGAAGACUUUGGGACCUUCUCUGUCGCUGUCACCAACACAGACGGAGUUUCAUCAAGCUUUUCCAUCAACCCGGAUGAGAUGAAAAAGCUUGUGGCACUCAGCUAUGAUGUCAGACACCCAAUCAUCCCACUGAAGUCAGAGUUGGCCUAUAAAAUUUUGGAGAGAGGCAGAAUGAGGUUCUGGCUGCAGGCUGAGGAAAUUUCCCCCAACGUCACCUACAAAUUCUUUGUUAACGACAAGGAAAUGUCUGGAGCUGAUUCCAUCAAGAUGGGCCAUGACGUAUCUACAGGCGUCAUCGAGUUGAUCAUGGACCACUUUACCGAGGAAAAUGAAGGGACAUACACUUGCCAGAUAACAGAUGGAGGCGGCAAAGCACAGAGCUCAAUGGUGCUCAUUGGAGAUGCUUUCAAGGCUGCGCUGGCUGAAGCUGAAUACCAAAGGAGAGAGUACAUCAGAGUCAAGGAGGGCCCCCACUUCAGCGAGUUCUUAUCCCUUCACGUGGGAGACGACUGCUCAGUCACACUCUUGUGCAAGGUUGCCAACUUGAAGAAAGACUCUGAGUUCCACUGGUUCAGAGAAGAUGCAGAAAUAAUUCCUGAUGUGAAACCUGACCUGGUAUCAGGAGUCUGUAAACUGGCAAUUAAACUGUUCUCUCUGAAAACAUCGGGGCUUUACAAGGCCACCAUCAGCGAUGCUAGAGGGAAGGACAUGAGCCAAAUAGACGUUUCUGGAAAAGUGUUUGAAGAGGCCAUAAACCAGAUCACCCGACUGGCUGGAGUGAGUGCGCACGAGCUAGUGAUCCACUGCACCGCCACCGGGAUUCAGCUGCAGUGUCCCAUGAAGUAUUACACUUCAGAGAUGAACAUCGUCUGGUACCACGGUGACAAAAAACUUUGCCACAGUGACAAGAUUGUGAUAGGAGGAACACCUUCCAUGGCAACAAUGGAGGUGAUUGAGCCAAUUGAAAAGGACAAAGGGAAGUACUCAAUCGUGAUUACCGACCCAGAAGACUCACACAAACGGACGCUGGACCUCAGUGGUGAAGUUUAUGAGAAAGCAUACGCUGAGUUCCAGAGACUCAAGGCUUUAGCUUAUGCUGACAAGAAUCGCGGUAAAGUGAUUGGAGGUCUGCCAGACGUCGUCACCAUUAUGGAAAAGAAGACGCUGAGUUUAACGUGCACAGUGUGCGGGGACCCCAAACCGCAAGUCUCCUGGCUAAAGAACGGAGUGGAGGUCGAGCGUGAUGAUCAGUACGUGGUCUCCCUCGACCAGGGCAAGUUUGCCAGCCUUACAAUCAGAGGCGUUUCCAUGGAGGAUUCCAGCAAAUAUUCCAUGAUUGUCCAGAACAAAUACGGAGGGGAAUCUGUGGAUAUUGUGGUUUGCGUGUAUCGCCAAGGUGAGAAAAUCCCCGAGGCAAAACCAACCGUGACAGCCAAAACAAUUAUCCCUCCCAAAAUGCCCAUUGAAAUGCCUCAAACUACCAUCCAGCCAGCCCAGUCCGCUCCUAGCCCCACCCCUCCCAAGGCAGCACCUGGAAGAGGAGUGAAGAGUCCCACUCCCACUCGAAGGAGGUUUUAAAAAAUUAAUUCACAAACAGGUUGGAAAACUGGUGCUCAUCUUCAGUAGAAACAUUUGCUUGAAAUUAAAUAGACUGAAAACUGUGACAUUAAUUAGAGUUGGAGAAUCUUUAAAAACAAAUUCUACUAAGUGUAUGAUCAUAUUAGAACAUUUAAAAAACGAGUGGGAUGUUUCAAACUGUGAAAAAAACAUGAUACCAUUCAACAAAAGAAAUCAUGUCACAGCUCGAUUUCAUUCAAAACAACCAAAAUAAAAACACUUGAAUACAAAA